GAGCGCCGCAGGGAAAGGCGCGUGUGGGGCGAGGACGCGGGGGGGGGAGGGGGGGGGAAGGUGUCCGGGCCCUCCCCGGACGCCUGGGCCCUCCCCGGACGCCUGGGCCCCCUCUUCCCUCCCGCUCCCCCCCGCCCCACCACCCCCUGCCCUCCGGAAGCCGAGCGACUUCGUCCCCGCGGGAGCUGCCUGCUGCCAGCGCCCAGAGAGGGGGCACCGUGGGGGCAGACUCGAGCGCCGUGGGGCAGUGCUCCCUCCUCUUCCGCCGCCGCCGUGGGGCAGCAGCGCCGUGGGGCGGGGGCGGCGCUGACCCCUGUCCCCGCAGGGCGGCAGCCAGCGCCGAGGAUCCAGCCGCUGCCCGGGGCGCCCGGCCUGGCGGACCCUACAGUGACCCACGGCAACCCACAUCUGCCCCAAUGGGCCUCCCAGUGCCCCACGGUGACCCACACCCACCCCCCUGGGACCCUAUGGAGACCCACUGUGACCCACAUCCAGCUGCAUGGGACCUUAUGAUGACCACGUUCACCCCCCACGAGAGCCUACGGGGACCCACGGACCCUCCAGUGCCCCACGGCGACCCACAGCAACCUGAAUACCUCGCUUGGAGCCCACAUCGACCCCCAGACCCACGUCCCCCCAGCAGCCCCAGCGCCCCACUGUGCCCCACAUCUGUCCCCAUGGGACCCUAUGGAGCCCUCGUGCCCCACUGCGACCCACGUGUCCCCAUGGGACCCUAUGGACCCCUAGUGCCCACUGGGACCUGUCUCUGCCCCCAUGGGACCCCACUGGGACCCACAACCUCUGCCCCAGACCCCACUGGACCCCCAGGGCCCCACUGCGACCCACAUCUGCCCCUUGGGACCCCCAGUGCCCCACUGGGACCCACAUCCACCCCCAGAGGUCCCCCCAGGGCCCCACUGCGACCCACAUCUGCCCCACUGGGACCUAUAUCCACCCCCAGAGGUCCCCCCAGGGCCCCACUGCGACCCACAUCUGCCCCCUUGGGACCCCCAGUGCCCCACUGGGACCCACAUCCACCCCCAGAGGUCCCCCCAGGGCCCCACUGUGACCCACAUCUGCCCCACUGGGACCCACAUCCACCCCAGAGGUCCCCCCAGGGCCCCACUGCGACCCACAUCUGCCCCCUUGGGACCCCCAGUGCCCCACUGGGACCCACAUCCACCAUGGCACCCCAGUGCCCCACACAUGUGCCACAGGAGCCCAUGGGGAUUCUCAGCGCCCCACUGCACCCCACAUCCCCCCACAGGAGCCCACUGCGACCCCCAUCUCACCUGGGACCCCCAGCGCCCCACUGGGACCCACAUCUCCCACGUGAGCCCUGCGCGACCCCCAGCGCCGCGACGGGACCCACAUCCACCCCCCACCCCACUGGGACCCACAUCCCCCCAUGGGACCCCCCCCCCCCAGUGGGACCCACAUGGCUCCUGGACCCCCCCGUCACCCCACUGAGACCCACAGCCCCCAUGGAUCCCCAUUGGGACCCACAUCGGCCUGGGACACCCCCCCACACCGCCAGUGCCCCACUGCGCCCCACACGGUGCUAUGGAACCCCAGUGCCCCACUGCGCCCCACGUGCUAUAGGAGCCCAUGGGGAUCCCCGGUGCCCCACUGCGCCCCACAUCGACUCCCAGAGGUCCCCACAGUGCCCCACUGCGACCCACAUCUACCCCCUUGGGACCCCCAGUGCCCCACUGCGCCCCACAUCGACUCCCAGAGGUCCCCACAGUGCCCCACUGCGACCCACAUCUACCCCCUUGGGACCCCCAGUGCCCCACUGGGACCCACAUCUGCCCCCAUGGAACCCUACAGUGACCCACAUCUGACCCAUGGGACCCCACUGGGACCCCCAGGGCCCUAUUGCGCCCCAAUGGGACCCACAUCCACCAUGGGACCCCAGUGCCCCACUGCGACCCAUAUGUGCCAUAGGAGCCCAUGGGGAUCCCCAGUGCCUCACUGCACCCCACAUCCCCCCACAGGAGCCCACUGCGACCCCCAUCCCACCUGGGACCCCCAGUGCCCCACUGGGACCCAUAUCUGCCCCCAUGGAACCCUACGGUGACCCACAUCUGACCCAUGGGACCCCCAGGGCCGCACUGCGCCCCACUGGGACCCACAUCCGCCAUGGGACCCCAGUGCCCCACUGCGCCCCACAUCCCCCCACAGGAGCCCACUGCGACCCCCGUCUCGCCUGGGACCCCCAGCGCCCCACUGGGACCCACAUCUCCCACGAGCCCAUGGGGAUCCCCAGCGCCCCACAUCCCCCCACAGGAACCCACUGCGACCCCCGUCUCGCCUGGGACCCCCAGCGCCCCACAUCUCCCAUGUGAGCCCUGCGCGACCCCCAGCGCCUCCGGGACCCCACUGGGGCCCACAUCCACCACGGGCCUCAUGGGACCCCCUGGGACUGGGCAGGAGCCUCGUGGCCCCGGGACCCCCCAGUGCCCCACUGCGACCCACAUCUGCCCCUUUGGGACCCCCAGUGCCCCACAUCUGCCCCCAUGGGACCCUACAGUGCCCCAUAUCUGCCCCCAUUGCCCCACGGCGACCCACAGCAACCCGAACGCCUUGCGUGGAGCCCACUGGGCCCCCUCCCCAGACCCACAUCCCCAUGGGACCCCCCCCACCACCACCCCACAUUCCCCCCCCCAUGGGACCCCACAGCCUCACCUUGUCCUCCUGCCCCAGACCCGAUGGGACCCCCAGCGCCUCAUUGGGCCCCACAUCUGCCCUUGGGCCCCAGUGCCCCACUGCGCCCCCCCUCCCCCCCCCCCCCCGGGACCCACACCCCCUGCCCGGACGCCUGGGCCCCUCAGGUACGGGUGGAGACCCCAUGUUGCACGGCUUGGGGGAGGGGAUGGAGGGGGGGUCCUGCACACGCGACACGCCUCGCACACGUGACACGCCUCGCACACGUGACAACCCCCCCCAGGAAGAGGCGGAGCCACAAGCGUGGAGGGGGCGGAGUUUAUUGGGCGGCGGCGGGAGGCGCCUCGCACACGCGUGUGCCAGGUAGGGGCAGCUUGCACACGCAUGUGUGCCAGGUGAGGGCCGGGGGGGGGGGGGGCCGGCUUGCACACGCGUGUGCCAGAGCGGGAACAGAGAAGGCGCUUUGUGUGUGUGCGUGUGUGCACACACACACACACACACACACACGUGUGUGCUGGGGCUUUAGGGCUCCACACACGUGUGCGCCAGCGGGGGGGGGGGGGCUGUGCCGCGUCGCACACACGUGUGUCAGGGGGUGGGAUAUCCAGGCCGCCUCACACACGCCUGUGUCAGAGUGUGGAGGAUCCAGGGCCCCUUGCACAUGUGUGUGUGGAGAGAGGGGUGUCUGGGCCCCCUUGCACACGUGUGUGUCAGAGUGUGGGGGGAUCUGGGCCCCCUCACACAUGCGUGUGCGAGGGGUGUCCAUGCCACCUUGCACAUGUGUGUGUCAGAGUGUUGGGGAUCCAGGCCCCCCUCGCACAUGUGCGUGUCAGGGGUUAGGGUAUCUGGGCCCCCUUGCUCACGUGUGUGUGUGUGUGCACCAGGGGGCAUCCAGGCUCCCUUACACACGCGUGUGUCAGGGGUUGGGGGGGGGGGGUCCGGGCCCCCUGGCUCACAGGUGUGCGUGUGCCCGGGGUGGGGGGGGGGGGUGUCCGGGGCCCCCCAACCCCUGACACGUGUGUGUAUGCGUGUGUGCUGGGGGGGGGGGGGUGGGGAGGGUCCGUGCUCCUCGCACACGCGUGUGCCGCCGCCUUGCACCCGCGCGCGCUCACUGCACCGGCUGCUCGUUGGCGCCGCCGCUCGAGUCCUGCGGCUUCAUGACGUCGGGCAGCUCCGGCGGGCUGGAGAAGGCGUCGAUGCGCAGCGCCUCGAAGGCCUCGUCUGCCCCCCCCCGGGACCCCCCGGCGUCAGAGACCCCCCGGGACCCACCCGGGACCCCCAGACCCCCCCCCCGGGACCCCCAGAACCCCCCCGGGACACCCCCCCAGACCCCCCCCGGGACCGUCAGCGCCUCGAAGGCCUCGUCUGCCCCCCCCGGGACCCCCCGGCGUCAGAGACCCCCCGGGACCCCCCCGGGACCCCAGACCUCCCCCCCGGGACCCCCAGAA